CUAACGGUUGUCCCCGUGUUCCCUUUGCAAAACGCCGCCGCAGAGACUACAACCAAGUUGUGUUCAUUUCUGUGUCAAUUUCUAACGUGCUGGCUAAAUCUAGAGCCCCGAUCAAGACUCUAUUUUGGGACAAGGGCACUUCGUCAAACCAGGGGCGGCCAGGCCAGCAGGGCACCACCGAGCGACAAUGCCGCAGCUCAACGGUAGUGGCGGCGACGAUCUAGGGGCGAGCGACGAGACAAUCUCCUUCAAAGACGAGGGGGAGCAAGAAGAAAAAUCGGCCGAAAACGUUUCUAACGACCUCAGCGAUAUCAAGUCCAGUUUAGUCAACGAGUCGGAAAGUUCUCAGAGCGGCGCGGUACCUUCAGAGGGUUCCAAGCCACCGUUGCAAAGUUAUCCCAGGGAGGACUCCAGAAGAGGGGACGAAGGUAGCAAAGCCGAGUCUGUACCAGUCGUCAGCCGGGGACCAGCAUAUCUUACUCCUGGUGGAGUUAUAGUUUCCAAUAUGGGCGUCUACCCACAUCCAAACGGCUCUUUAGCGGCCAGUGCAACGUCGAACAAAGUCUCGGUUGUACACGGUCCCCCACAUCCUGGGCCUCUAACGCAAUUGAUGAUGUAUAGCAACGAGCACUUUGCACCGGGCACACCACCGCACAUAGGGGUCCCGCCAAACUCCAUAGAAGUCGAUCCCAAAACAGGCAUUCCAAGGCCACGACAUCCGGCUGACUUACCUCCAAUGUACGCCAUUCCGCCAAACCAGCUCCCCCAGCUUGGGCCGUCAUACCCAAAGAUCGAAGAGUACCAUUCCCAAGCACUAUGGCAGAGCCAGGGUGUUUACCCCAUCAGUGCAGCUGGGUACAGACACCCCUACCCGACGGCCAUUGCCGUCAAUGCUACCAACAUGCCUAGGGAGGAACCAGUAGGACUGAGGGAUGAAGCAGGUUAUUUCCUUCUCGGCAGGUACCCGGUGCUGCAGCACCCCCACCACCCAGGCAUGCCGCCCACGGGGAUCCCCCACCCCGCCAUCGUCAGCCCCCACGGGAUGAACCUCAAGCACGACCCCUCACAGAUGCAUCAAAAGCAAGACCAGAAGAAAGAGCCGGAGAAGAAGAAGCCACAUAUCAAGAAGCCUCUCAACGCAUUCAUGCUGUACAUGAAAGAGAUGAGAGCGAAAGUCGUUGCAGAGUGUACGCUAAAGGAGAGCGCGGCAAUCAACCAAAUUCUGGGAAGAAGAUGGCACGCCCUACCGCGGGAAGAGCAGGCGAAGUACUACGAGCUGGCCAGAAAGGAACGACAACUCCACAUGCAGCUUUACCCCGGCUGGAGUGCCCGGGAUAAUUACGUACAGGGGAAGAAGAAGAAGAGGAAGCGCGACAAGCAGCAGGGAGACACGUCGGAGGUGUCCAAUCCGAAGAAGUGCCGGGCGCGGUUCGGAUUGGAUCAGCAGCAGGCCUGGUGCAAGCCUUGUAGGAGAAAGAAGAAGUGCAUUCGCUAUAUUGGUGAUGACGGAGACUCCGACGACGCCUCAACGCCUGGAACCGCCUCGUCCCCGCUCCCGAUACCUCAGCAGUCCCCCAUCGCCCUCACCACCUCCCCCUUCCCCGCGAUCAGCCACACCGCCGCCGACCUGUCCAGCACCAUGGCCGGCCCCAUCAACCUUAGCCAAUCAUCCAACGCCGCUACAUCCUCAGCUACGUUAUCCACGUACGGCUCUGAACUGUCCAAAACAGCGCCGUCCUCGAACAAUACGAUAUCAGUAUCAACGCCUUCCGCUGCGUCGGUAUCAACCACGUUACCACACUCUACAGGGUCGAGUAGUUCUUCACAGUCAAUAUCAAGUCAACCAAACAAGUCAACGCCCAACACGUGAUCCCAACUUGACCUUGGGAAGCUGUAUCAUACUUUUGGAGGAAGGGGGGGUGCGUUUGGAAAAGAUAUUUUAGGUGCCAAAAUUCACCUUUAAGGCCAUUAUUGUAUGAUGAUGUUUGUAGUGUAGAUUUUGUGAGCGUGCCUCACUGAGAGAGAUCUGUAUAGUGCCGUUUUUUUGAUGGCGUAUGAUGUAGUCCUGUGCAACAAGGCUUGUAUAGUGUACAUAGGUUGUGUAAAUGUAUGAACAUUGUUCCAAGUUGUAGUGCAAAAUACCAAUUUGAUACUGGGUCCUAGUGCAUACUAUUUUACAAGCGGAAUGAAUAUUGGAACCGUUGUCAGUGUAUAACAGGAGGCUAAUAUUUUUGGCUGUGAACAGAUUCAGAUAAAAGCCCUUUUCCUCAGCACAGUUGAAAUUAUAAAAAAUUUCCCCCAUUUAUGGUACAGCCUGAUGAAAAUCACUCCUCAUACCACUAGCAUCAGACUGUACCAUUAUAAAAUAAAGGGAUCAAAAUGUGCCGCUGGAAAAGGGUCUUUAUGUGCUGCCUUUAGAUUAUGUUAGCGGUAUUUUUUAUGUUUCACCAAAAAAGGAACUCUUGCAGGACAAGAUGCUGGGCGUAGUUCAGUUUGCUUACAUUUCAUGGUAGAGUAACACAAGAGGCUAUUAAUUUGAGAAAUGUAGGAUGUGAAGUACUGCACACAAAACUUUCAUUUUCUGAGGAAAAUGGACUUCUUUCCCUGUCUAAUUUAGCUGACAUUGUUGUACAUUGAUCUACUCUCAAAUUACAGACCCUAGAGUUGACUCACUGUAACAUACGUCUUUUAUUCAUUGUUUGAGUGAAACAACUUUGAGGUUAUUUGGGAAAACUUGAACAAUGGCAGCCAUUUUGGAUUCAGGAAAGACCCAGGGAAGUGAUGCAUGAUGGGACAUUGCUCAGAUUCCUCAGAUUGGCUUCCAUCUUACCUUAUUUGGUCAUGGGUAGUGACGAAUUAGAAUUUCUAAAUGCUAGAAGUAUUAGAUGCUGCCCAAUAGCUGAAGAUUUGAAUUUCAUAUUUUUUGUUGCUUCAAAGCUGGUUUUAAGUCACAAUACAUAUAUUUUACUUUGAAAAGGAGGCAGCACAUAGAAAUAGCUUUAAUCUGAAUUGUCACAGCCACAAUAGCAUUGGUUUCUCCAGUACCAUAUUGUAUAUUCUUUUAGUAUUUAUUUGUACAAUUUCAAUGUUGCAAAUAUUUGUCUUCUUAUCCUUUGAGAGAUGUGUAUGAUAUUAUAUUAUGUGUGUUGUAAAGCCAUUUUCUCUCUUAAGUUGAGAAAAAGUGCCGCAAUGCUAUGUCAGUGUCAACUCCUGUGUGUAGGUCUUUUAUCGAAACUCUUGGUGUAUGUUUUAUUAAUGACUGUUAUGUGCUGUAUGCAAAUGUAUGCAAAUGCAAGUCUCUUUGUUUUGUCAGAGUGUGCAAAUAUUUUUUUCCGUUCCAUUUUUGCAGGCAACUUAACAUGACUUUUAGAAUGUUAAAUUUGACAUGACAUUUCAAAUGACAAAGUUAAAGAAGUUUAAGCAAGCACUGUGGUAGCUCCAAUAUACUGGUUAAAAUUCACACUAAUGCUUGCCACUUCUUACUGUAAAUGAAGAAGUUGGCACUACUUAAAGAAAAUUCACCAGUUUGUUGUGCUAGUGCUUGUUCUCCCCUUAUGAAACAACAAGGAUUUAGAAUAGCAUUUCCUUUUGUUUCCAAGUUGUGUACUAGCGAACUUCCAGAUAUUAUUUUUACACGUACAUAAUACCUGAUUUUUUUUUUUCAAAAGUCAUGAGCGGUUGCCUGCAAGCGCUUGGUGGGAAAGUAGAACCUACCAAAGUUGUAAGGAGUUGCCUAAAGUUUGCCUCCCGCGUUAUUCUUAGCAACUCUUGUAUCUCUGCGGGGAUGCUUUAGGGUAUAGUAUGUGUCUGGAUGUACGGAUUGGCCAGUAUUCUCUGUUUUUUAGAAGCUGCUGCUGACCAACUCAACAAACCUGUUAUGUAGUCUGCCUGAGUUCCCCCAACAAUCAUGACAAAAAUUUUGACAAUUAUCCAUCGUAGUUUCAUUUUAUGUGUUUGUAUAGAACAGCAAUUUUUUUAUUUGCUAACUUCUCGAACAGUGGCUAUUUUGACCAUGGCAGAUUUUUCAUCUCGCAACCCUAUUUGGAGUAUUUCUUUCCAUAUGUGUGAGCAAUACCUGGGAAAUGCUCUUCAGAUGUUUAACUCAUUCUAGUAGGAAUGUUUGUAUGGAGAUUACAUGGAAAACGUGCUAGGCUUUUUUGUCUUUUAACGUUGAAGAUGGAAACAGGGUUCUCAGGCUUUAGGCAUCAUUUUCAAUGGCAACUCCACUGGCAAUUGCAGUAUUGUAGCAGGUUUCUUAUCACCUAUUCAAUGUUUUUCUGUCUUUCUUUCAGUUGUUUUGGCUUGGGAAAAGCAUUUACUUACGAUUACACCAGCAAUAUUGAAAGAAAUCUCUUGAAAAUGCUUUUUUUUUUUACAGGGAGUUGGACCUUUUCUCUCUUUUCGGUACAUAGUAUUGAUGUAUUUCGAUACUAUUUCAAUUUAUGGAUUUAAGAUCUUUUAUCAUCCAAAAUUAAAGAUUUAUAUGAGAAGAACAUUGUAGUCGGUUAUGAUGAAAACCUGUUACGAUUUUUGCAGUUACCACUAUUAAGGGUAGCUUCUGAGUGCUGUAGAGGUACUACAUGAGCAAUAUAGCAGCCAGACUACUAGUUUUGUUGUAUGAAUGCCGUAUGUAUUUCUGUAAUAAAACCCACGCUGGUUGUGAA